ACCUCUACGCGAGGUCCAUUGAUAGGACCUAAAAGACAUGUACCCGGAAGUAAUGGAGAUUGAAAUAAACACGCAAGUCGAAAUUUAAGACAACUAAUUUCCUGCUCCUUCAGAUUAUUUUGCGUAGAUAAAAUGAACAACAUGUCGCCAGAAGUUGCACUGCACAGGAUCUCACCGGAGUUGCGACCCUUGCUGUGCAGUGUGGUGCGGAAUGGCCGUGUUGGACUGGACUCCACAAAUUGCCUCAGAGUCACAGACCUCAAAACUGGAUGUACAUCUUUGACCCCAGGUCCUUGCUGCGAUCGCUUCAAGCUUCACAUCCCUUAUGCUGGAGAAACCCUCAAAUGGGAUAUUAUAUUUAAUGCCAACUAUCCAGAGCUGCCCCCAGAUUUUAUUUUUGGUGAAGAUGCAGAGUUUCUGCCCGAACCUUCAGAAUUACCGCAUUUGGUGCAAUGGGAUUCUGGAAACCCAGACAGUUUGCUCCAGCUCGUGAAGGAGCUUAUCCAGCAGUAUCACCAGUACCAGUGCCAGCGUCUCCGUGAAAGCUCCAGACUUCUCUUUGAGUAUGACAGCCUACUGGAGGAUCCAAACUAUGGCCGUAAUAUGGAGAUAUAUGCAGGACACAAAAACAGCUGGACAGGAGAGUUUUCAGCUCGCUUUCUUCUAAAGCUCCCUGUGGACUUCAGCAAUAUCCCGAUCUAUCUACUCAAGGACACAGCACUGGACCCUGGAGAAGAUGUGGCUCUUCUCUCUGUGAGUUUUGAGGAUGGUGAGGCUACUCAAGUCUUCCCCAAACUCUACCUUUCUCCAAGUAUUGAACAUGCUCUGGGAGGUGCCUCUGCGCUUCAUAUCCCAGCAUUCCCCAGCGGAGGAUGCUUGAUUGACUAUGUCCCACAGGUCUGCCAGUUACUUAACAAUAAGGUGCAGUAUGUCAUCCAAGGCUAUCACAAGAGGCGGGAGUACAUUGCUGCAUUCCUCAGCCACUUUGGAAUGGGAGUGGUGGAGUAUGAUGCCGAGGGAUUUACAAAGCUUACCCUUCUACUCAUGUGGAAAGACUUUUGUUUCCUAGUACAUGUGGAUCUCCCAUUGUACUUCCCUAGAGACCAGCCCACCCUCACUUUCCAGUCCGUGUACCACUUCACCAGCAGCGGGCAGCUUUAUUCUCAAGUGCAGAAGUCGUAUCCUUACAGCCCACGUUGGGAUGGUAAUGAAAUGGCCAAGAGGGCAAAGGUUUAUUUAAAGACCUUCAUCCCACAAUUCCAAGAAGGGGCCUUUGCCAACGGAAAACAAUAGUUCCCUGCAGCUUUUAUUGACAUGCCUGUGGUCCUGUGAAUGUGUCGGUACAUGCCAUUGCAUACCUGUGUGCAUGCACGAACUGCCACAUGGAGAGGGGGGAAAAAAAUCACGUCGCAUCCUAUUCCACAAAUGUGCUGGACAUGCUGUGCUAAAAUCUCUAAUUUCUCACAUUUUUUUUCAGCACAUCCACCAUUAAAAAAAAGAACCCCCAAAAAUCUCAGAUUUCGACUAAUUAUAGUGAGUUACCUACCUACUAAAUUCUCAUGAGAAAAGACUUUGCAGACUAUUUUGUGUAACGUUUCUACCCAUUAUUACUAGAUUGUCAGUGAACAAAACUGUAAAUGUUCUGACUUUUCCACAAGGGCUAAGACUACCUUUUGCAUUGACGUAGAUUACGUUGUCCAAGCACUGCUCAUACUACAGGUAAACAAACUCAUGUUCUGCUAAGUUCAGGAUGAGAUGACACUGUGGGAUCAUACUGACAGGUUCCUGCUGGUCGAAUACGAAAAUGGCUGUUUGCUGUGAAGAGAAAUUUUCACAGGAACAUCUGUGAUGGUCUGUACUUCAGCGUCUCACCUCUCUUGCUCACAAUAACUUACAUUUUAUGAUGACAUCUUAUAAUAAUGCCCAAAAGUGAUGUGACAGACUGAACAAAGUUGCUAUAGUGGUUGAGAAAAUAUAUUGUUUCACUUCAUUCUAAAGAUAUCUGAUGGUGUUGAGUUUAGUUCUCCAGUUUAGUUUUAGUUCCACACAAAAUGCAUCUAUUCAUGGAUCCUCAAAGUUGUUUGCACAAAGUUUAAGCCAGAAAUUAGUCCAAACUGUAAUUGAUCUAUAAUAUGACAAAGACUUGUACAGUGUAUUCAAGACUUCGGUCCAUAUAAUGCAGUUGCAGGUAUCGACAUCGAGUGUUCAAACUUUGUUGCAUAAUCGUCAUUGACAGAGCUUUAGGGACAAUACUUACUUUCUUAAUUCAGUAUCUUACUGACACAUUCACACUAUCAGCGGUUACAGUUUGAUGUGCUUAUUUGUAAAAAUGUAUAUUCAUUAAAGAAAAAAAUUACACCUGA